AUGGCCAAGUAUCCGCCUCAUUGGGUCCUAGUGGGCCUUAUCCUUGCUAUUGUGAACCCGGUGACACCUCAACCUGUUCGAACUGGGCAAAGGGAUAGAACUGAGGGCCUCGCAAAUUUGGAAGCUCGACGGCCACCGACGCAGAUUGAAACAUAUCAUGACAAUAUACACCCCAAACGAAGUAUAUCAGAACAUCUCUCUAAACGAGAUCCCUCUUCAGACGAAACGAUCGUGUCCGUCCUCGUGCCAGUCGCGCAAACAUCAGACCAUUUAUCUCACGGCCACGACCAUGCUACAGCAGACACUCCAGACAUCGUCUCCCAAAGACUAAACGACUACGGGGAAUACUUCAACGAUCAAGAAAACGAAUCAUACACGGCAUCGACCUUGCAAAUCUCACCCAAUCACUACAUUUCCUUCCUCUCCUACCGAAUCUCGUUCCCAUUCUUGAAGUUCGCACCAAAAUGUCUUCCUCGAUUCCCGCUCCCUGGGAUCUUUACAACCGUCGUGCUUCUCCUUGCCUUGGUGUGGAUUGCGAUUUUGACGAUUGCAUUGGUCGAACUUGGGAAUUACAUGUGGCAGAAAAGGCGAGCUGCGAGGCCUGCAAUCGAAAGCGAUAAUAUAGCGAGUGAUGCUUUGUCGGGGACGUGCGAAGAUGGGAAAAUCCAGUUGGGCGUGCUUGCUGUUUCUGGACCUGAAAGGCCAGAAAGCUACGGGGAUAAUGAGUCGUUGAUGAGCGACUUCAACUCGGAGUCUGGAUCGGACUCAGAGCCUGAUGUGGAUGAUUACCGCAUCUUUUGA